UCCGCCCACGCCCGCGACAGGCACGGCGGCGCGGCACGGCAAGCGCUCCGGAGGGAAACGUGGGGCUGUGCUGCUGCCGCUUCCGCGCCGCGCUCGCCGGUGAUGUCCCUCUGUCCUGGGGCUCGGCAGGAUGGAGGCCAGGGACACCCCCAUCCCUGUCCCUGCACUGGCCACGGAGCCGCGGUUUGCCCAGUGCCUCAGCCUCGCAGGGAGCAGUUGGAAGAGGAGCAGCUCCUGGACAGGCACUACCAGCUGCAGAAGAUGCCAGGGGGCUGUGUGGCCCUGCCUGUGCUGGAGGAGAAGCUCUCCCAGCUGUGGCUGCCCCAGGAGAUGCCCUGUGAACUGGUCUGGAUCCAGGUUGGGAGAGAGCCCUCGCCCUGAGCCCUGCUGUGGGGUGGUGGGGUCUCAGCCCCAUGUGCCACAUCCUUCCCCGCAGAACCCCGUCCCCUCCAGGGCAGCCCGCCGGCAGACACCAGCCCAGAAGCUGCGGGAUGAGCUGCGGCGACUGCUGGGUGAGAGCUGGUCAGAGGAGCUGGAGCGCGAUGUGCCCCACGCCUGGCAGCGACACAAGGACCUGGUCCUGCUGAGUGAGGACAGCUUCAAGGCUGCGGUGUGGGAGAAGCUGGGUCCAGUGCUCUGGGAGACGGUCGCCUCGGCUUUGGGUGCCCAGCGGCUGGCCAGGCGAGGACGGGUAUUGCCAGACGGGAUGCGGUCCCCCCGCGUCACCCUGCUGCUGGGCCAGGAUGGCUGGGUGGAGCAUGUGGACAACGGGAUCAGGUACACCUUUGACGUGACCAAGUGCAUGUUCUCACCGGGAAACAUCACGGAGAAGCUGCGGGUGGCCUCACUGCCCUGCUCCGGGGAGGUCCUGGUGGAUCUCUAUGCAGGCAUCGGCUAUUUCACGCUGCCAUACCUGGUUCACGCAGCGGCUGCCUUUGCCCAUGCCUGCGAGUGGAACAGCCAUGCUGUGGAGGCCCUUCGGAGGAGCCUGGUGCUGAACGGUGUGCAGGACCGCUGCUGUGUCCACCACGGGGACAAUCGGCAGCUGGAGCUGCGGGAUGUAGCAGACCGGGUGAACCUGGGCCUGAUUCCCAGCUCGGAGGAAGGCUGGCCAGUGGCCUGCCGCGUCCUGAAGAAGGGCACAGGUGGGAUUCUCCACAUCCACCACAACGUGGAGACGCUCCCCACAACGGCUCCACUGCAGACCCCAGUCCUGCUGGCUGAGCAGGCAUCUCCGGAGGGAAAAGACUGUAAUGGAGAGGCAUGGCACCCAAUGGAGGACAGGGAGAAGGAGACACAGGGGGCCAGGAUCAGGCCUGAGUGGCAGAGGUGGGCUGAAGCAACGGCAGCACGGAUCCGGGGGCUGCUGGCAGAGCUGCAUGGGCAGCCAUGGCACACCAGCAUCCUGCACAUCGAGGCGGUCAAGUCCUAUGCGCCCCAUGUGCAUCACCUUGUGCUGGACCUCGAGUGCCGGCCGACGCUGCCCACCUAGCUGGGCACAGCCCCCAGUGUGGCCCUGGCUCCCACAAAACAGUGGCAUUGGAUGUGCUCCCACAGGAGACCCCUCCAGGAACCGUAUCCCAGCUGAGGAUGGAGCAGGCUGUGGCUGAGAGUGCCCUGGAUCCUGCCUUGGCUGUGCCUGUCGCCACCCAGGUCUUGGAUGUGUGGUGGCCCUUUCAGCCCCAUUUUCCCGCAGGAGGGGGCCACAGGGCUGAGGAGACCCCGGGUUCCUGCCAGGCUUCAUUUCAGCGAGUCAGGAACAGGCUUGAUGCUUGUAUUUACCAGUGUGCUUUUUUAUUGUACUGGAAACAGGCCUGUUCAUUUUGGUUUCUUCUCACCUUUAUGCAAAAAUAAAGGU